CCAUGAAUUUAUACUGAUCAUAAUGAAUGUAUUUUAUUAUUGACUUACUGUCGAAAAAUAUUUUAUAUCCGUAAAUGUGAAUAAUGGAACAGUUAUUUCUGUCUGAUGACAUUAUGAUUCUACAUUUGAAUCCAGAUAAUAGAAAUAACAGGCAGUAAACAUUAUGAAAGGUUAAGAAGGAACAAUUUAAAAUAGAAUGGGGCAAGACAUAAAUUCGGAAUCAGAUACUGUUCUAUCUGAAUCUGAAAAUUCUGAUGUAAUACGAAAAGCAAAUGUUGCAUGUGCUCAGGUCGUAAAAGAUGAGAAGAAAUAUAUAUGCACUUUUCUUGGGUGUGACAAGGCUUUUGUUAGGCCAUCCAGAUUGGCUAGACAUAUUAGAUUUCAUACUGGAGAGAGGAGUUAUAAAUGUAAUUAUCCAAGAUGCGAGAAAGCCUACACGAAUUCUUCUCAUUUAAAACGUCAUAUGGAAACACAUGAUGCAGUGAAAAAGACAUAUGAGUGCCCAGAGUGUCAACUUUCCAUUAGUAAUCGUCAUAAUUUGAAGCGUCAUUACAACUUGAUGCAUGGUGACCACAGUAAAUUAACUUGUAAAGAAUGUAACGAAACAUUCACUAAAAAGUAUCAACUCGCAACACAUAUGUCAAUGCAUACUGGAGAACUACAUAAAUGCGAUCAAUGUAAUAAGAGUUUUACAAAUUUUAGAAGGUAUAAAAGACACAGAGCAACUCAUGACGAGGGAACAAAAACUUAUAGUUGUACUGUAGCAGGUUGUACUGAAAAUUUUAAAAAGUGGCAGCUCCUUUGUGCUCAUUUGAAAACACAGCAUGUAAUUCAUUACAAAUGCAAGAAUUGUGACAAAGUGUUCUUGAAGAAGAAUCACUUAAAAGCUCAUUCUAAAGUACACAUGGAGAACAGACCAGUCAUUCCUUGUCCAUACGACAAGUGUCCCCGAGUGUAUUACUAUAAAAGUAAUUUGGAUAUGCAUAUACGAACCAGCCAUCUUGGACAGAAGUUUCAGUGCGACAUAUGCAAAAUAGAAAUUUCAUCGAAAGCGAAAUUAGCAGACCACAUUCAUAAAUUACACAUGUCGGAAAGGAGAAUAAAGAGAAUAAAAAAAGGACAGCGUAAGAAACGAAAGGAUGCCGGAACACGCAAGAGGAGUGCGAUAUCUGCAUUGAUAGGCCUGAAUUUGCCGCCAAAAGUAGAAAAAAUGGUACUAGAGAGACAAGAAAAUAUAUCAUACAUAGACCAGUUUGAAACAGUGCCCGGUGAUAAUCCAGACUUGUGAUACGCAUAAUAAUUUUUGAAAAA